UGUGACGUCAUCCGGGUGGUUCAAGCUCAACAAGCCGAAGGGGAGAGGCGAACAUGGCGGCGUCGACGGCGGCGGGCGGUGGCAGGCGGCACGAAGACGCUGAGGCGGCGGCGGCGGCUUUUGAUGGCCACAGCAGCAGCGAAGACGAAGGACAGAACCUGUGGCUCUCCAUCUUAAGCGAGGUGUCUACCAGGUCCAGGUCAAAAUUGCCGACGGGCAAAAGCAUUUUUGUUCUCGGCGAGGAUGGCUCGGGAAAGACAUCGCUCAUCGCAAAGCUGCAGGGAGCGGAGGACGCGAGGAAGGGACGCGGGUUGGAGUACCUCUACCUGAACAUCCACGAUGAAGACCGAGACGACCAUGCCCGCUGCAACGUGUGGCUGUUGGACGGCGACGUCUACCACAAGGGGCUGCUGCGGUUUGCGGCGACGCGGGAGAACGCGCGCGACUCGCUGGUGCUGCUUGUAGCCGACCUGGCGCGGCCCUGGCUCAUCAUGGAGACGCUGGAGAAGUGGAGCCAGGUGAUGCGCGAGCACCUCGACUCGCUCGCCAUCCCACACACGGAGCAGCGCGACAUGGAGCACAACCUUGUGCGCGAUUUCCAGAGCUACACGGAGCCGGGCGAGGAUGGCUCUUUGGCAUCGCCGCGCCGCACACACGCCACCGCCACGGCCAUCGGCGAGGGCGACGAGGAGUCGGAGCCGCUGCCCCUGGGAGAGAACACGCUCACCCACAACCUGGGCAUCCCCGUCGUGGUCGUGUGCACCAAGAGCGACGCGGUGAGCUCGCUGGAGAAGGAGUACGACUACAGGGAAGAGCACUUUGACUUCAUGCAGUCGCACAUCCGCAGGUUCUGCCUGAGGUACGGCGCUGCUCUGAUUUACACAUCGCUCAAGGAGGACAAGAACGUGGAUCUGCUCUACAGAUACCUGUUGCACAGGCUCUACGACUUCCCCUUCCGCACCACCGCCCAUGUGGUUGAAAAGGACUCGGUCUUCAUCCCGGCGGGAUGGGACAACGAAAAGAAGAUCGCCAUCCUACACGAGCACUUCCAGACGGUGCGACCAGAAGAUUGCUACGAGGAAAUCAUCGUCAAGCCGCCCGUGCGCAAGUGGGUGCAGGAGAAGGAGGUAACGGUGGAGGAUGAGCAAGUAUUCCUCAUGAAGCAGCAGGCACUUCUUUCCAAGGUGCCGGCCUCACCUGCAGGCCGGCCUAUGGACGUCUCGGGCGGAUCCCCGCGGGCCGUGAGCCGGCCGGGCCAGACCAACGUGGCGAGCGUAUCGCCUCUCCAGACCCCUGGCAAGAAGCUCGACCCGGCCAACAUCAAGGGUGGCGCGACCAGCGAGGGGGUCCUCGCCAACUUCUUCAACAGCCUGCUCACGAAAAAGGGAGCUUCGCCAGGGGGGCCCCCCUCCCCCGGCCAGGCAGCGUCCCCCGGGAACGCCAAGCCCCUGGGUCCGAAACCGGCCAUGACCGAUGUGCAGGCUGAAUUGGACCGACUGGUCCGCAAACCCGACUCGCCCGCUGCCCAACCCACGGCCUCCGCCCAGAACGAGGUCUUGUGAGAUCCUCCACCUCGUCCUCUUCCACCUCCUCCCCCUCCCCGCCCACCGCCACAGCCACCUCUGCCACCGUUCCCAACGCCACCCCAAAACCGUUGGUCUGCGGGAUCUGCCCCAUCGCCCUCGGCCCGGCACCAGCAGGAACACGUUUGUUCCAUUACCUCCCUUCCACCAGUACAUCCGAGCCAUACAGGUGGUUACACGUUUGGCUAUAUGCCGAGCCAGAACCAGACCAUGAAACUCUAGUCUCGCAACAUAUCUGAAUCUUGCUUGGGGCCAAGUAGGGCCAGGGGCGCAUGGUUAAUCGUGUACAUCGUUGCACAUGCCGUCAUUGGCUCGGUUUUGCAGACUGGCUCGGCACGGACCCGGUGCAGCUCAGUUGUGCAGUGGAAUAGAGGUACUACUUUCCACACUUUAAGUCAUCUGGUUUAUUUAUUUCUAAUUUGCAAUUUGUUUAGUUUGAUAUUCCCCACCCCCCACCCCACCCACCCACACUGAUGCGACGGAGCAAGUAAUAAGCGUCGACUUUUGUUGAUGUUGUUGGUAAGCAGGGGCAGCGUGCGUGGUUUGCCUGUCCGGCGGUCUGGAUGUGCGGGCCUACUCGUACUUUUGGGCUUUGCCGGCGCAAAUGCGGUCACGUGGCCACUGCACAGAGGCGUAAAACUGCUGCGGCACGAGAUGUGCUUUGUGGGCUUUGCUGCGGUCACACCGGUUUUUGCCCUGAAGAGUUUGAGUCGCGCAUUUGUCAAUGUUAAAAGGUGGGUUUGUAUCUCUGAUGGCACAGAAGGACACCUGCAUGUACAGCUAUUGGGGUGGUGCUCUAUUUAGAUUCAGCUGCAUUCAAGUCACACUUUGACCAAGUGAUCGAUGUCAAUUUGUGCAUUUUCUCUUUUGCAAGGGAGACUUGGAGGUCGACACAAUUUUAAAAUGUAGCCUAGUUGAAGGCACUUAAAUUUUAGGGGAGUUUUUUUGGCAAGGUGGGAUACUUGCAAACACUUAAAAGUUACUUUCCUGUACAUUUCAAAUAAUGUUAUUUGAAAAAAAAAACCAUAGCACUCACAAAUGACUGUGCAAAGAGAGGCAGCCACUGAUUUGGCAUGGCUUUGAAUUUGCAGUUUAUUCCAGAAUAGGAUCCGUGUUCAGUUAUUUAAAACUGUUUAAAUUAUUAAAAUGCAGCGGUAGUGAUUCUACGUGUGUGUUGAACACACAGGAUUUGCAUCCUUAGAUUCUGAUCGCCGCGCUUAACGUGAAGCGGGAAGCCAAGUGUUUACAUGGCAUUUCAGGACGAGAACGCACAUUGGUAGACUGACACUGGGAAUACACUCUGGCAUCAUUUAGCGACUCUCAAUGAGGGCUGAAAAGAGUGAGAAAAAAUGCUUUCGACUUGGCACGACAGCGUCCUGAAAUAUGUUCUUAGUAGGAGUGCAGUAAAUCGGUGUCGUUAAUUUCCGAACCACUUUUAGCCAGUUUGCCAUUUUCGAUUGCCGGACUGUGGCGUUCUGGGGUUUGGGAUUUACUUUGGCAGGAGGCAGAGUGGUCUAAGGAGUCCUAUUAAAAGCCGGUGGGCCAAACUUGACUUAUCAAAAAGACUAUUUAAAACUUGAGAACGUUCGUAAAACUACAUCGUAUGCAAUUAGCGCUAUGAGUUUAGAAGAUGUAAUUUGUAUUGUUUUCACGUAAUUAUCAAUGACAGAUUUCAAAGUAGAGCGGUGUAUAAAACUGUUUCUUGUAAAUAUUGUCGAGGCGGCAUUGACAAAAUCAAACUUAAGUAAAUGCUUCAUUGGCUUUUUGUAGCCUAAUCUUUGAAGAUGAAGCUGCAUGAUGAUUUAAAAGUUAACAACGGUUACAAUAAUUUGUUCCACCACGAGCCACUUUUUUAACAUUCAAGUACCUCCGUAAUGUUCAGCCGGCAGUGGCCUUGUAAAUAGCCACACAGACGUUAUUACUUGAAUUCAUGACAAAAAAUUACAUACAUCUCAUGCAUAGCUGGGUUUGGAGACAUUGCUGCACAAUAUCCAAAAGCAAAUGACAACUUGAGCUGCAUAGGAAAUGAUGGAAACGUCACGUGAUUUAGAAGGUGUGCUUGGGUUGGACGCAGAACGAAGGGCAGGUUUCAACGCCAGAUGGGGGAGGGGGGUCCUGUCCUGAAUCUGGCCGGCAGCAAGGGAAGUGUGGCCGAUCAGUCUUCCUGUCGCUCUGUUUUGGCUAAGGUGAAUGACCUCAUCGGCAAAUCACGUCAUCACCGUUGUGCUGACGUGCAGUUGUUGUGGAAAUGCGGGUUGCGUUGGCUUGUGCAAAGAAGGGUGUGGAAGGUGUGAAAAUCUCAUAGUGGGAUGAGUUGGCCUGCAGAUUAUGCAGAUGAUAGCACGUACAUUUUAACGGCAGCAGACCAUUUGAUGCCAAAGCGACAGUGAGUUGUAUGGGUGGACGUGUAACGUUACGGGAGAGGAGACCGUCACUCCGCAGCGACAGUAAGCUGUCAUUACGAGUCUCACUGCUUAAAAACCAAACCUUAAACGGCACAUCUGCGCGUUGUCCAAAUUUGUCGCCGUGACUCGCCGUACGUCUAAUUUUGAAGCUGGGAUAGGCAGCCAAGCACUGUGUUGUGCAGCAACCUCCACACAACCCGUGCUCUCGCCAGGGUGUUGCAUUCGAUAAUGAAAUUACCCCAUUAGUUGUUGCCACGGUGGCGAGAUGUUAACUACAUCACCUGGUAUACAGUAGGUCGUGGGUUCGAUCCCGACCCUGACGCCUGUAUAUUUGGAGUUUGCGUGUUUUCCCCGUGGCCGCGUGGAUUUUUCUCCGGGUCCUCCAGUUUUUCCCUCCACAUUUAGAAACGCGCGCUUAGAGUAUUUGGCUGCUAUAAAUUUCCACACGAUGAGCCACUUUUUGUCGAGCUAUCAUGUGGUUAGGUCGCUUCUGAAAAAGAGCUACGUUAGCUCAGGUGAGCCUUACCUGGUAAAAUAGAAAUAGUUUAGAUUAGUUGGACAAGCCUGCUCAGUGUCACCACUGAUAGCUGAAAUGGUAACGACUUUUACUAUACGGUUCAGCAUGUUUGGGUGCUGUCCCACCUUGCUUGACAAACUACUCCUAAAUGCAGCAGGUUUCUUGAACAUGUGCAUCUCCCUUGCAAAAGAGAUCUUCAUUGCAAACUCGCCAGGUUGCUCAACGGUACAUCUGUUGAUGUAUUUCAUGGACUCUUCCACUCUCAAACCCAUUCUCCUACAUCGGAGUUGUCAGGAUUUGCCGCAGACACCAGCUCAAAUUGUCACCUCGACCCUUACAACCAGCUGUCUGAUAUUUUUUUUUACUUAAUUCAUUUUGCGCGAAGGUAUGAAAGAGUUCGGUCAAGAAGUGGGAGGCUAAAAGUCCAUUGUGCAGUUUUGAUAAUUUACACAAAAUCAUGGUGUGCUUUAACCAGCUGCUGAAGGGUGGGGGGGGGUGUGUAGUCUUUUUUUUUGGCCAAACCUCUUUUGUUCUUAUUAGAAGUGCCCAGAGCUUGCAUAGUGCGGGCUUCUAAAUGAUCCUGUGCGUCCGCCAUGUGCUCUGUGACCAUGUUGAGUUAUAAACAGCAAUCGGUCAGGCAUUGGAUAAAUAUUUUGUUUUAUUUUGGGCCAGAGGGGGGCAGGGGUGGGCGGAGGUGGCGAGUGGGCGAGUGAAAGUUUCAGCUCAACACUUCGAAAGAAAAUUGCCUUAAAACAUAAACAAGACAUAAUGAGGAAGACCAAAAACGACUUAACUUCACAGAGCUUCGAGCCCUCGGCGAAAUUGAAUCGUUGGACUGGCCGCUGCGUCACAUGGGACACGUGUGACGCACGACUCGCUCAACACAGCUGACGGAUCUCGGUCCAUGGGCCCAGACCAAAUAUUUCACUUGUUGGAACUACCAGAGGAUGGGUCACACUUGCGUUAUACCAACUUCUUUAAAUCACCAAUAAAAAGUGAACGACAACCUUCUAUAAUAAGCAUGUCAUCAUAUAUUCCACUUAUGUUGGCCACGUAGCAGAGUACUGCGCUUCAGCCUGGUCCAGUAAUUUACACUCAAAACUAGAACGCUGCAACCGACACUUUACCCACAUGGCACGUGACCUGCCGAUCGACUAACCGUUGUGGUGCACUCGUUUAUACUGCUGGGUGGACAGACGUGCGGGGGGGGAGGGAUUUAGGAAACUCUCCCCAUUGUUUUCACCGCCGUACCGGGAGUUCGAAACGAACCGGCGACCUGUGAACCGCAAGUCCCAGUGCGCUCAACGACUGGACAAGACCAGACUCGUGAUCCGUCCAGGCCGGAGCAAACUUCCGCCAGCGUGUCGCGAUAAAACCCCAUUCUGUGACGUGUCUGUCGUUGAGCCUCUGUAAAAUGUCACCGCCGUAGAGAAGGAAUUCUAAUAGAGAACCCAACCCCCCACCACGGCCAUGGUGGCCACGGCGGCGAGAUGUUAACCACCUCACCUGGUAUGCAGGAGAUCGUGGGUUCGAUCCCGACGCUUGUAUAUUUGGAGUUUGCAUGGUCUCCUCGUGGUCGCGUGGAUUUUUCUCCGGGUCCUCUGGUUUUUCCCUCCUACACAUUUCGCAUUGACACGCGUUUAGAGUAUUUGGCUGCGAUAAAUGUCCUUCCGAUAAGCCACUAAGUUGAGCUAUCAUUUGUGGUAGCCAGGUCGCUUCUGAUAAAGGAGCUGUAUAGCUCAGUGGGCCUUACCUGGUCGCAAAUAGUUUCGUUCUGAUGGGCUGUGCGGCCGAAUCUCGGUGAGCGAUGCAUAUGCACGUGGGAAGACUGCCGUGCAAAGCGCUCGCGCUGUGGAGAGUCGAGGGGACCCGUACCGCGACGCGGGGUGGGGAUGUCGCGGGGUAGCAAGGCACCCGCGCGGCGCGGAGGACAAAAAUGAGUUUUGUUUAUCGCCCAUGCAGGCUUGGGACCGUCCACUUUGUAAAAACCAAGCGUGUGAUCACCUCCAGUCGUUGCACCUUUUUCUAAAAAACGAAACGUUAUCGAUUCACUCCGACUCGCCCAGAUUCGGGUGCGGUUAAUUGUGCCGGGUUUGGUGUAGGGCCCCAGACGACUUGACGUGUAUGUAUCCUCUAAGGAACGGUGACAUUUGAUGGGCUUCAACUAUGGGACUAAAUUAUGUUAAUGGUGGCAUUAAAAGCAAGCUGUUUAGUAUACAGUUAAGUGCACUAGCUUUGUUGAGCCAUAGACUAAAGUUAAUUUUGGCUUUAGCCUCUGGCUGCAUGUAGCUUAGCAUACUGCUAGUGAUUAGGAUGCAUAUAAUGAUACACGUGCUGUUCGAAAACAAGAUACACAUGAGCAUGUCAUUCUUAAUUUAAUUUUCAAAGUUUUGUUGUUCAUGGUUUUAGAAGUUGGGUUUUCUUUGAAUGUCGAUCGCCAUUUUAAGCUAAUUGUACCCAGGGGCAGAUUUCUGAAACGUUUUCAUUUGAAAGCACAUCAUGAAAAGAAUGCAUUUUGUAUUCAUUUUGUACAUAAUUGCUUCACGUUUUUUUUUACUUGUAAUUUUGAAAAUGUCUGCUAAAGUAUUCUCCAGCGUGUAACACAGUGUGUUAACGAAAACCAAGUUUUUAUACAAUUUUGUUAGGUAAAUCACAAGCAAAAUAACCCGUUCUCAUCAACGGAUUAAGGUUGAGCGGAGGAGCGAGUUCGGGGCUUAAUGCGUCUAAUUAACGACAAAUGACGAUCGCUCGUAGCACUACAAAUCAUGUACAGCAGCCUGCUUGUUAAUAACAAUAAUAUUACAGGAACCAUUGUAUUCCUCCACUGGUAUAACGGUAAACUGCAAACUUAUUUGAAAGAAGAAAACCAUUUAUUGCUUUAUUCAGGAGUGUUAUAAGCAUGUACUCCCAUAGGAAAAUGAACGCAUAUUAAGAGUGAUGCACACGCGAGGUGGCUGUGUGUGGACGAAUAACAUAGCGCCGGUGUUGAUGAAACCUCCAGGAGUAAUUGGCCGAGCCUGCUGUUGCAUUGCUUUACAAGGUUGUCUGGAAAUCCAUUCGGUUGAACAAUCCACCAGCCCCCCCCCCCCCCCCCCCAGUCUAUUUCACAUUGAAAGUUGUCAGCAUUGCAUGCAGGGUACUAUCAUUUUUAUUUUCUAAUGUUUAAAAACGUCUUCAUUACGUGUUUUUUUUUUUUCCCUCAUUGUUUUGUUAUUUUAUUUAACUGAGAAUUGUAACGCGCCUAAUCACUGUACUCAUUACCACUCUCGUAGAUUCGGCCCUGCAUGUUGGAGGCAAGCCUGCCUAUUUUGCACCUUUGCCAUGUACCCCGACUGUCAGAUUCAACUACAAGGGAACGUUUACAUAACUCGGGAUGACUUGACGUUCAAUCGAGUACAAUCCGUGGACCCAGAUGUUUGAGCUGUCGCUACCAAGGCGACGAUUUCUUUCUCGAACUAAUCAAUGAUGGUGAAUUAUACCUCAGCCUUGUCAAACGAGCAGUUUAUCACGCAAUUCACGAUUUAUUGGCCGUAUAAAAGACAUGCUAGCGCUUAGGUUUCACCUGCUUGGGCCUUGGCAAUUUUGUUUGGUGUUGCCUGGCCCAUUAACACCUUCAGCCUGAGUGCUAAAUCUGGACGUAUGAUUCGCCACUUCUGAAUUAACUGAACCAAUCAAUUCAAUGCCUAGGAUCGUGUUAAGUACGUCCUGUCAUGAUGUCUUGGGUGAGCACAUUAACCUGUCUAACAAACGUGACGGCGUUCUUAUUCACCAAUCUUAAGAUAUUUGCUGUUGCACAUGUAUACAUGCCCUGCGCUGUUGUCCUUUAAAGGUCCAAUAUUGGCUGAGGUCAUUGAAAUAAACUCCCAUCUGCACUGCAUGGACGUCGGGGUCAACACCAACAUUGGUGUGCUUCUACGGUGGCUAGGAGAUGUUAACUAGCUCACCUGGUAUACAGGAGGUCAUGGGUUCAAUCCUGACCCCAACACCUGUAUAUUUGGAGUUUUACAUAUUUCUCCCCGUGGUCGUGUGCAUUUUUUUCUGGGCCCUCUGGUUUUUCCCUCCUACAUUUAGAAACGUGCAUUGAGAGUAUUUGUCUGCGAUACAUUUCCACGUGACAAACCACUUCGUUGAGAUAUCAUUUGUGGCCAAGUCGCUUCUGAAAAAGAGCUGUAUAGCUCAGUGGACCUAACCUGGUAAAAAUAAAGAGUUCAUUGGUGACUUAACAUCAGCCCUGUGACCUCAAAUCGCGCAACUGUGAUUGUUAACGUCAGCCCCUUCCGACUCCCAAAAGCAAGCCACUCCAGCAGAGAGUUUUCAUUACUCCAGUAUGAAAUUAUCGCCUUUGCCAGCGCCGUGGAGAACUGAGGCCUGAGGCGAGAUCUUGUCAGGGGAUUUAGAGGCGUCGGUGUGAGUUGCACGAAUCAAAACGCUCGAAUGGAUUUGACGACUUCCUCAAUGCAGGAGUCCGAUAUGAACCAGGUUUCCAGCCAAACAUUGUUUUGCAUCUAAUUAUUAAGGAGCCGUUGCUUUUUAUUAGUCAAUAAUUCACUCAUUUGCAGAAUGGUGUGUGUGCUUAGCGGUAUUCCACUAUUAGCGCUUGCAACGUGUUUUGGUGGAAGCCUGGUUGUAGAAGUUCCUUGGCACAAAGCAACGAGUUUGCAGAGCAUAACGUUGUAAUGUCUAAAUUACAGUAAUGUCAUUUAAAUAAUGUAUUUGAACACAAAACUAAAAUAAACUGGAAUUGGUUUUAAA